UCCAGCCACUACUGUAGCUGUGAUGAUGUUAAUUAUCACACAUUUUCCUUGUUCAAUCACUUGCUCUUGCUUAAGCUUUCCCAAAGGGUCCAAAAUGACAGUUUCGCAGCGUUCGUAAAAUUCAGAAUCUAUUUUUAAAACAGCAAAUAAUUAGGUCUGCGCUGAAAAUCGUUGGUGAUUCGCAUAAAAAUCUCGUUUUUUUAGGGCCAGGUAAGAAGACGCUUUCGCACACUCUUGCACAAGUCUGUGACAGGCACGCGCGCAUCUCAGAUGAGACAUAAGCUCCGCUCUGUAGCUUUUAACUCUAUGGGUCCGUUCGAAGGCUAUUAGUCUUAUUCUUGGCGAUCGCCCUCCGAAACAGAAACGGUGCACUUACUCAAAAAACGGAAUUUGAUAGGAGAUGACAGGAAGUCCUUCCGCUGCAUUUCUGAAUUCUUGAGUCUAUUUUUAUUGUCUUUUUUAUAAGCUUCAUGGCCAGUUUCUUAGGCAGACCCACUUGCUCGUGCUACAGUCAAUCCAAUCGUGUGGCUGAAACUGAAUACGUGCGAUACACAGACAGGACAAGUCAGCGGCGUCUCUGCGGCCACUAACACUUCAUUAAUGAUAGUGGUCAUAGAAUAAUGGUUAUUAGUUUAUAUUAUAAACAACAGCAGCUGAAAAUUAGUCAUAACGGCAAGAGUGCUCAAGUUUACAUAUUAUAUAAAUAUGAUUGCAAUUGUAUAUGGGAGAGUGUAGCGCUGAAGAGAGAGAAUGGCUUCUGGAUGGGUAUCUAAAGUUUGCCACCUUCCAUGACACACGUUCAUCUCAAUUCACUGCUCCUUCACUGACGAUUUAAUCUCAUGCACGAAAGGAAUCGCUGUUUAUUACCUCUUGGGCGCUAAAUUUUACUCGGUUCCUUCCAUCUCGUUUUUUUCUGAGGCUCGACCAGCACAACUGAUUUAAAGGUGUUAGGAAAGGAGAAAGAGAAGUGUUAUUUUUAGUCUUUGAAUGCUUCGUCGUAAGCGUUGAGAGGGUAAUUGGUCAUUGAAAGGGUCGAUACUAUAAUUUCGCCAUCAGGGGGAUUUGUCAUUUUAACAUCUGAACCAUGAUUUCGGCCACUUGCAUGAAGGAUAUCCCACCUCUGGAGAAGGGGAAGAACACGAAAUGCUUCUAUGUCUAAAUCAUGCGUGUUCUCCUCUGUUUACAUGGGCUUCCUCCCCAAGUCCAAAGACGUGGUUUGGUGACUGUCUUCAGGUUUCUCUGAUUUUGUACUGGGUACGUGAUUCAACGAUGGAUGCAUCUUAUUGGGACCACAGUGAAAAAAUAUUCUCUUUCUAGUAAUGAUUUGGUGUGACGCCUAUAGCCGUUAUAGUUUUUUGAAAAUAAAAAUGGUCUUGGUUUGCCUGAUUAAAUAAAUUAUAUAAAGUUUAUGAUACUUACAUUUCCUUACAGGAGAAUGUUGUGGAAGGUUGACUACUUUAGUUCGUGCAAGCACUUCAUCUCAAAACAAUGUAAAUAAACGUCGAUACGGAUAAGGAUAAGGAUGGGUGGGUAGUUAGGGAAGCAGAUAGUGAGAUGGGUGAGAUGAGUAUUGACGAGUGAAGGAACAUCAGUGCCUCGUUCUACACUCAGAAAAACCAGAAUGACAGCACGCUGUUAAGAUGCGGUGACGCACUGCAUGUCCUCAUUGUCUGGCUCCUAUGCUUAAUCCUCUAAGCAAUUUCACUCUUUCUUCGGGGGAAAAGGGGAUUAAGUUUUCUCUUGCAGACUCACAAAGGAACAUGCGCUCGCUUGUCGGGUCCUAGAUAACAUAAUGUUACGAUGUUAGGUUAAUGACACAUCUGGAGACCAUUUUUAGGUUCCGAGGCACAUUAACGCGCAUUGUUAUCCAUUCCGCCAUAAUGAAUAUAAAUCACGUCUAUAUUUACAGCGAUGAUAAUUGGAAAUCAGCUACGAUCUGAGUGAAUGUUGUCUGAGUGUGUACAACUCAUGAAGCCAUUGGACAAUGUCCCUCGACGCACAACUCAAGUCUCUAAGAAGGCCUCCCUCAUAGAUAAAUACGAAAUAUGCAAAUAAAUACACAAUUUGAAAGUCGUAAACAAAUAGACAUGAUUUGUAUUGCCGUCUUUCAGACCAUUCCAUGGCAAAUACGAUGUUCGAUGAAACUCAAGAAAAAGAUGUUCCAUGCUAAAUUUAAAGAAGACAACCCACAAUAUAUUCAAACUCACUGUUCAUUUUAAACGCUUUAUUUUAAAAUUAUAUAGUAUGCGAUGGUAUUAUUCAGUGGUUCACCACAGUUAUCUAAUUUAUGAUUCUUUGAAGAUUCGAAUUCCGGUUUUAACCUAAAACGUUCAACCCAAAGAAUGUUAAAGCUUCUCCGUUGUCUGUGUCCCAGUUCACCAUCUUUCAUUCUACUUAAUUGGUUUGGAGUGGUCGCAUUAAAUGAGAGAUUUUUUUAACCUGUUUGAAAUCCGCAAAAAAAGCAAAUCACAUUUAUGGUAAAUGUUGUCUGAAUGGGCGAUGACGGCUAAUUCUGUGACGCGGCUUUGCGGAGCCUCGAUAAGAAAAUUGCGCUCGCUGGAGCGUGAGCGGUUGCCCCCCUCCCAUCGCUGUAUAAAAGUGCAGGAAUGGACGGUACCUGUCACAAUUCUAGACUGGAGAAGCCGAGAAACUCUGGACUACCGAAUAACACCUCUCAGCCCACCAAGCAGACUUGCGUGUUCAGUGACUCGGAGAGGAUGCGACCUAAUCUCGGCAUGUGUGUGGGGAUGACUACUUUAGUCAUAUGCACGUUGAUAUGUUUGGGCACACUGGUGGACGCCUACCCCUCCAAGCCCAACAACCCGGGAGAGGACGCCCCAGCAGAGGAGCUCGCCAAAUACUACUCUGCGCUGAGGCAUUAUAUCAACCUAAUAACGCGACAGAGGUAUGGGAAACGCUCUGGUCCUGACACGCUGUUCUCGGACGGACUGUUGAGGGAAAACGCAGACAGCAGCCCUCAGUUCAGGUACGAGGACCCGCCAAUGUGGUGAUGUCAGAGAUGUAUUUUUGUCCUGUUCCAUAUACCUCCUUUUACCAACAUGGCCACCGAAUUGCUGCACAGAUGUGAUCCUACUCCCUUGUCUCGGACACCCCGCCGCUGCACCUCGUCCCGAGAACGUGACUGACGUCACCAUAACCGUCAUCAUAGCCGUCACGCCGAAUCUGAUGGUCCUCAUCAUGGCCAUGGCUGCAUGCAAAUACCACCCAAAUGCCUAGCAUAUCCCAUAAACUCUUAUUUAAUGCUAUCAUGAAAGUCACACGGGAAAAUCGUUGUACAGUGAAACUUGUGUUAAUACUUGUUGUUUUAAAAUAAACUGGUAUGUUGAUUGUAGCAUUCACUGUAUUCUUUGUACAGUUUACAUCUGUGUCAUGAAAAUAAACUUGGUUUUAAGCGU